AUCCGCCUAUGUAUUCUUCAUAAAUUCUUCAAAUUUGAUCCCACAAUUCAUCUGUGUGUUUUUCAGUACUGCUGCGAUGGAGAAAUCUAAGAAGAGAUCUGCAGUGGCUUCUUCUAAACAUGGAGCUGCAGAAGGCGGUAAUAGGGACAAAGACAAACUAGUAGGUGUGGGAGACAGAUUAGAUAAAUCUCAGCAAGGUAACCGAACACAAGUGAGCAAACUUCACCCGGUACCUGUCAUGAAAAGGAAGUUUCAGAAAACCGCAGGCCCAAGCCCAGGCUCAGGCCCGAAGGUCUCUUCAGUUUAUAAUUUAAGGAGUAAAGUUCAGAUAACCGAAGGCGCUCCAGGUUAUAAUCUGAGGAGUAAGGCUCAAAAAACCGAAAACCAAAGUGCCCCAACAAACUCCCAAACGAGGAAAACCCCAAGAAAAGAUGGUUCUAAAGAUUCUUCGAAAAAUUCUGCACAAAAAAAGAUUGAAACGACAAAACCUUUAAACACAUUCAUGGCUGACCUUGACAAGAAGAACCAUCCUUUGACCAGUCAACAUGAACCGUUUGUAUGUGAACCAUUUUAUCAUAUCAGAUGGGAAGGUGAUGAUGCGGAAAAUGGACCAUUAGGGCAGAAAUGUAUAUUAUGCAAUAAAGAUCUUUCGGGUGCAACAGAUGAUGAUGAUUCUGAAUACAACGAUGAUUUACAUUACGAGGAUGAUGAUUAUUACGACGAUGAUGAUGAUGAGUAUUAUGAUGACAUCAAUCCUCCUCUUCUUCCUGCGGUUGAUAUUCUUUCAUGUGGACAUGCAUACCAUACUGAAUGCUUGCAAAAAGGUACACCAGAAGAACGAUCAAGCGACCCCCAAUGUGUUUUGUGUUCAAAAAUGGCUUGAACAGUAAUCUGGUGAGUCAAUUUUGCUGAAGGUGAACCCAUUUUUAGUACAUGAUGAAAAUUUCAUCUUAGGUGAGAGUACAGAAACUAAAACUGUGAGAUUGUUGUUCAUGUGAUUGGGAUCUUUGUGCCAUUUUUUCUAUAUAAAAUCGCGUGUAGAUGUUUUAUUUAAUGCUCGAUUUGAAUCUUGGUUUGAUGGAACUUUUCAGUGUAAUUCGAGUAGAAUACCUUCACACGAGUUAUGAAACUACAAUUUUUAA